UUGGAAUAUAAUCUCUUCGAGCGAAGCUGUCGUAUAAUUACAAUCGAACUUCACUUAUAGAUACAAUAGCUAUUUUGGUCAUGACACGAAGUGGGUUGAACUCUUCCCGAUGGCUGGAUGCAAUAUGGGAACCUAAUACUCAACUAUAUGUUCUUCCUAAUGGAUUAAAUAUGCUUGACACAGCCGGAGAUGGCGAUGCUAAACUUAUAGUCGCUGAUAUUGGAGAUACUACAUUACCUCAAACCAAAAUUAGAGUAUUCAAAGGAGCAGAUGAAAUAACUCAGCAGAUAAUAACAGAAAUACCAUGUUCAAUCGUGGAAUUCAACACAGAGAAUGAUGAUAGAAAAUCAGCAGCACUUGCUAUAGGAGCUAGCUCAAGUGUAUUCAUUUUUAAAAACAUGAGACCACAUUUCAAGUUUUGUCUACCUCCAUUGAACGCUGAUAUUCGCGAGCAAGAUAUAUGGUAUAAGGCCAGCUUAGAAGAAGAAUUGAACGUACUGACUCUCACAGACGAUCUAAAACUUCUGUCACAAGAUCUUUGUGCUGUAAAUUUAUCAUCUCGAACUUUAAAACUUCUGUCUCUUAAAGAAGAUGUCCAAGAAUCAUUUGCUAAAAAAUACUGGCAUCUUCCAAUUAUCAAAUCAAACGCCAUUUCCAUCAUCGGUACAAUAAGAAAAGAUUCUUGGACUAACACUGCUUGCAGUUAUCUUGUCGUUGGCACCGAAUAUGGAGAAAUACUUAUAAUGGAUCACAGGGCUUUUUUUGUUGUUGAAAGGCAUAUUAUAGAUUGGCCACCUGUGGCACUGGCUACAACUGGAUUAUGGACAGGGGAUGGGCAAAUAGUAUUUGCUGGACGUGAGGGUAAAAUAGGAGCAGUCAAACGAUCAAGUAAAUUUCAACAUUGGGAAACAUUACCAUCGCCUGCUAUGGCAUUGACAACCUUGAGUUACGAAGGAAUUGUCGUAGCUACAAUGACGGGCUAUUUGUGGGCAUUUUCUAAUAGGGGCAUGAAGUUAUGGAAAGUUCAGUUGCCAGGAAGUCCCCUAGAUAUUACAAGUUUACCUGUACCUCAAAUUGGCUUAUCACUAUUAGCUGUUAGCAUUACAAGAUUUGGUGUUCAAAUUUAUGAUCAGAAGCAUCAUGUAGAUACAAUCACUAUGUUUGACUCCGUUUCCGCUAUGAAGUACGGUCGACUUGGUCAAGAAGAACGUGCUAUUGCAAUGAUUACAUGUAGUGGUGGCUUGAGCGUGAAAAUAUUGAAACGUACAGCAGAUUUUAGCAUACAGACAAAUCAACAAUCGAACUUCAAUUUUAUAUAUACUCAACAAAAAUUCAGUAUUCCAAAAAAAACAAAAUUAGUUAUCGAACAAACUAUUAGGGAAAGGUCUGAACAUGCCGAAAUUCACACCACAUUUCAGCAAGGAUUUUUGAGGCUACGCCUUAAAGCAGCUAAUAAAGUUCAUGGAAUGCUUUUAUUCAAUCAAGCAACUACAUCUAUGCCAAUUACAUUACAAUUUUCAGUAUUAGGUUUCGGACCAGAUUAUAUUAUAAAAAUUAUAAUUACCCAUACAACAUCUGGAUAUUUCAAUAGAAAUUUAUAUUUAGUUUGUAGAAGUGAUAAUAUCAUGGUUAAAUCAAGAUUAAUUAAACUACCUUUUCUUAUAACAGGAGUACCACUCCCGAUAACUUUUUCGAUAACAUCAAACAUUCCUCUAACAAAAAAAAUAUAUAUCUUGUUAUGUUUUAAAGGUCAAGUAAGACCAUUAAUCAAUUUGACUGUCUUCAUGCCAGUUAUUGAUGAAGAUAUUGAUGCUUAGUUAACCUAUAUCUAUAACA